AUUUGAACGGUGAAAAGCGGGCUUGCAAACAUUCGAGAGGGAAACAAAGACGGAGAAAACAUCUCACUGCUGUUGGACACAAAAAACUGGAAUAAGUUACUUAUUUAAACACCAGGAUACAUUGGCAAUCGACAAGAUUUCCGUCAUGUCUCACAAACAGAUCUACUACUCUGACAAAUACGAUGAUGACAAGUACGAGUACAGGCAUGUAAUGCUACCCAAAGACAUUGCAAAGCGUGUACCGAAGACCCAUUUGAUGUCGGAGACCGAGUGGCGGAACCUGGGUGUUCAACAGAGCCAAGGAUGGGUGCAUUACAUGAUCCACCAGCCAGAGCCGCACAUCUUGCUGUUCCGGCGCCCUCUGCCCAACCCAAAAUCAUAAGUGAGAGAUACUCUGGGUCCUUGGAAGAUCAGUCACACUUAUGUGCCACAGAUCAACGCAUCAAAAUGGGGAUCAUGCUUUCAGAUUACCAGGCUCUUGUGUGGUAGGUGACUUGUAAUUUGGGCUGAUCAUGUUGGACCUGGAGAAGGACUAUCACAGUUAUGAACAGUGGUUGUGGAAUGGAGUGUGUGUUGAAGGAACAAAAUCAUCACCCUUCUUUUGGGGAAAAGACUUGUGCACGUUAACAGCGAGACACCGAAACAUUAAGAUCAGCUAACACUGUCUUUUUGACUUAACCUAUCUGUCCAACUUGCUGAACCUGCUUGGAUAUUCCAGCUUUUUAGAGCAAUUGUUAUAAGAUGUGGGGAGUGAAACUUGUUCAAACAUUUGAUUUAUUCUAACAGAGUGUAUUCUGGGUCAAGCGCGGGUCACAACACAAGCCAGAUAGAGUACUUGGUGCCAAAAUUAAGUUGAACUCUGAAACAUCAAACUGCGGUUUUAAGUGACAUGUUGCUGCUCAGUUUAAAUGACACUAUAAAUUGGCAUUUAACAAUUUGUCAUGUGCAUGGAAAGCCGUAUCUAUAACAGUCACCUAGAAACUAGUUUUGAUCGCCUUUUUUCCAUAAGAGCAUAUAUUAGUUUGGGGCCUACUUUAAAACAAAUCUUCUUGAUGGGUCUGAUUUGUACCAGUGAGCUGCUCAGUAUUUAUGAAUGUGUUGCCCUUUCUGAAAUAAAUGUAAACUUUUAAAUCUUAA